UAUAGCCCAAACGCUCUCUCACAGCAAGACUACGUUGUCACUCAAAAUACAAUGGACAACGCCCUGAAGCAUUGCAUAUAAACAAAAUGCAUAUAUUAUAAUAUAUUAUAUAAUUUUUGCGUAGAUUAGUGUUGCACUGCAAAAAAAAAAAAAGAUCCAUAUCAGUUAUGUGUUACAGUAAUGGUUAACAUAUGUUCCCUAAACUAAAGAGUCACCGAAGGAAUGCUCCCAGGGGACAUCUCAGUCUUCAGAAGAUUCAGAUCCACAUUUCACCACAGCUUUCACCACAGCUUUCACCACAGCUUAACCUGAUAGAUAGCCAGACAGACAGGCAGUGUCAACGUGUGGUUCUCCUGCAUUCUCUCUGCACACUUAAUGUAAAGACCAUACACACACAUCGCCAACAUGGACUCGUGCCAAGACCAGAGAGACGGUCUCAGACAGCAGCAGAGAGGCACCUGGAGCAGCCGUCUGGAGUUUGUUCUGGCGUCCAUCGGCUAUGCCGUGGGCCUGGGGAACGUCUGGAGGUUUCCUUACCUGUGCUACAGGAAUGGGGGAGGUGCAUUCUUCAUCCCGUAUGUCAUCAUGCUGUUUCUCUGUGCACUGCCACUGUUGCUGAUGGAGUUCACCGUCGGCCAGUUCACACAGUGUGGGCCUGCUCAAGCUUUUAAGAAAAUAUGCCCAUUGCUCAAAGGAAUUGGAAUGGGCACUGUGGUGGUCUCCUUCAUCCUGAUUGGCUACUUCAACACCCUCAUGAGCUGGAUCCUCUUCUACUUCUUCAGCUCCUUCAGCUCUCCUCUGCCGUGGCAGUCAUGCAACAACACGUGGAACGUUCUAGAAAACUGUUCUGUUCAGUUUACUGUCAAUGACACGUUCCAACAGUCAGCCAGCCAGCAGUUUUUUAACUACAGGCUCCUGGAAAUCAGCACAGGUCUUGAAGACAUGGGCAGCAUACGCUGGGAACUGUUUGCUUGCCUUAUUCUUGCCUGGGCGAUAGAGUACUUCAGUAUCUUCAAAGGGGUCAAAUUCACUGGCAAGGUAGUGUAUUUCACGGCGCUGUUUCCCUACGCCAUCCUCUUCAUCCUUCUGGUGUUUACCACCAGACUGCCGGGGGCCACAGACGGCAUCCUCUUCUUCCUCACGCCUAAAUGGCACAAACUGAAAGAGGUCCAGGUCUGGAUCGAUGCCCUUUCACAAAUCUUCUUCUCCAUCGGUGUGGGGUUUGGAGUCAUGAUCUCAAUGGCCAGCUACAACAACUUCAACAACAACAUCCUCAGAGAUGCUCUCGUCGUGAUCGUGGCCAACUCAGCCACCAGUGUGUUCUCCGGGUUCGUGGUCUUUUCUGCGCUUGGAUACAUGGCUCACAUACGCAGUGUCACCAUAGAGGAUCUUGCUGUUGAAGGGCCAGGCCUUGCGUUUGUGGUUUAUCCUGAGAUCUUGGCCACCCUGCCCGUUCCCCAGCUAUGGGCUUUUCUCUUCUUCCUCAUGCUGCUCUGCCUGGGAUUGGACAGUCAGUUUGCCCACUUAGAGCUGCUGGUCACCACGGUGAUGGACGGGGUUGGUCCGAAGCUGCCCCCAGCUCUGAGACAAAAGGAGGUCGUGGUGCUUUUGGUGUGUUUACCCAGCUUCCUGGUGGGCCUGCCCUGUGUUUUCCAGGGCGGGGUCUACAUGUUUCAGCUGCUGGACCACUACACUGUCGCAGUCUCCAUUCUCGUGAUAGCUGUGCUGGAAAUUGCUGCCAUCAGCUGGAUAUUAGGUAGUACUGUACCGUCGUUAAAAGUCAUGUGAUAUUA